UGAAACACUGUGUAUUAAUAUUAUUAAAUAGCUAUACACUUCUCUUUUUCACCCUUUCUAUAUUAAUAUAUUUGCAUUUUCAUAGCUAGCCAUCCAGAAGCUAAGGUACUUGUGAAAUACAAUCCAGUGUUGUUGGAUAAGUAUGUACUUCACCCCAACAACGAGUAACAUUGGUCAAAAUCUCUAUCCAUCGAGAUAAGUGUCUUACAACAGAAUUGCCCCUUGGUGGCUUAGAGCAUUACCUCUGUGAUGGGACAACCCAUGACUUUCACAACUGCUGCUUCUGUACAUGGGUCCAGCCCAACAUUUUCGUGGUCUCACACAGUUCCAACAUACAUGCCCUGGAGUGGUAAACAAGAUAAUCACUGUCUAUCUCCAGUCAUGAGGUUUACUGCUCCGAUUUCUCCUGAUCCAUGUACCUCGCAGACGGCCACAAGCUGGGAGUUGUUACACAAUCUUGGAACAAAUGGAGCAAACAUGGGAAAUCAUCAACAUCUGAAGAGGAAAAGUGAAUCAGAAGAUGAGCUAUUCAGACCUAAUAAAAUUUAUAUCAGUGAAGAAAAGAUGGCGGCUUGGUUCAGUCAGAUUGACAUCUGUGGAAGUAAUAGCACCUCUCAUCUGGAACAACCUGGGUAUACUGAUGGAAGAUCAACGUCUUCUAGGAUAGGUCCUCCUUUUGUCAAAUCUAUGAUGUCUGUGGAACAGCUGAACUCAAUGUUAGCCGAGUCUCGCACAGAGGAACCCGUUAAAGAGAAAGGGGAACUUGUAUUGGCUCCCGAGUUGAAAAAGAUGGUGGAAAAAGAUGCAGCAUUUUUCCAGUCUUUGAUGAGCAUCCAGAAACCGUCAUUAGCUUUAGUACCAUGGCAACCUCCCAAACCUAUCAGUAUUCCUACAGAAUUACUGCAGAGUAAUUCCCAGUACUUCAACAGUACUUCAACUACUGUUGCUAUGGCAACGGAUAAUGCGGCAGAGAUAAACAAUAAUACAACUACUACUGACGAUGAAGAGAGUAACACUUCGCUGCCGAAUGAAACAGUACCUAAACCAGUAAUUAACGAAGAGUUUGACUCCAUGGAACUUUGACAAGGUUUCUCCGUAAAAGAAAAAUUCUUCAAGACUCGCUAAACAGAAGUUUUUUUUCACCAAUUGGACCAUUAAAGUUGGAAAGCAUUAAUUUUUACCCUUCCAUUUCAUGAUUAAAUGAUGACUUGUAAAUAUUUUAUAGGCAUGAGUGGAGUGUCUGCUUAACACUAACAUUUAAAGCUAUACUAAAAACAAAUCAUUAAAGAUGUGUUUCACUUCAAAUUUGUUGGAACAGUUGCAGUAUUUAUUUCACCUGAAAUAAUUGAAUUCUAAUACAGCAUGCAUUUUGUUUCAUCGUUUUUGAGUAUGUUUCUAAUAUCAUUUGUUAACCAUAUAGAAAUACGAUCAGUUUAAGUGGGGGAAUGGAAAGUGGUGAGAAGUGAUAGUAAACAAGUUUGUAAUACGAGGGUCGAAAACAAAUUGUAGAGUUAUGUGAUUCACUUCAAACAUCCUUGGAUGGUGAGCACCAUCUCUUAAGAUAUAAUUAAGAUUGCUUUCCUGCUGUGUUUGAAACUGUUAAAUCAGAUCCUCAUUGGUGACAGAGUACAUUCCCAUCAGAUUUCAUAUAUAUAUUUAUAUUAAAAAUAUUCCUUUAAAACUUGCAUUCUGAAAUACAUGGAAGUUACAAAACCUAAAUCAGUCUUCGUUCAUCCUGUAGUAGUAUAGUAUAUUGACCAUUGCUAACAACUGGUUAAUAUUAUCAUUAGAAUUAAAUAUUACUAGUAGUAGUACGUGUGAGAAGACAAAAUCUAUCUCAUUGAAACUGAUGUUAUUUCAAUAUUUUUUUUUGCCAGUUUUGUUAUGAGAAACAAAGAAAAAAAAAUGUUGUAUUCUAAAUUUUGAAUCAUUGUGUAAUAUGAACAUUUGACAUUUCUUUGUAACAGGUGUGUUUAAAAAAAUACCUAUUACAAUUCAUGCUAUUUAUGUGUUAUGCUAGAUGUUGUACUUUGAGUUCAGUUUGCCAUUAUGCAUAUUUGUUUUUUUGAUAAAUUGCAUGUUUUUAGAAUCUUAUAUUUAUGUAGUAAGUGAGAUAUUUUAAGUUACACAAUUUUUUUUAAAAACAAUCAUUAUCAAAGUGUUUUUACUGAUGUGAUGGGUCAUUAGUUACACUGUAAUUUGGAGGAAGAGGUCAGUGUUAAUAAAAAUGAGUUUCCUUUAAAAUAACCGUCCUUUUAAGAACUACACAAAACAUUUCAAGAAGUAGUUUUAACAAGUGUAAACAAAAAAGGUAAUUUCACACACCAAAACUGAUCUCCACCGUACGCUGUAUAAUUAAUCUGACGGCCUGAGUUUUGAGUGCUAAUAAUAGCUUGGCCUCAUAAGAUUAGUUUACGCAACGAGUCCAUAUUGAAGCCUCGGCCAUGGGCAAAUGUCUUAAUUUUGUGUUCCAUUCAAAAUUGAAGAUGUAAUAGGAAUUAUGAGAAAAUUGUGUAGGUUAACAAGUCUCUCACGUUAUCGAUAUUAUGUUUAACUGUUUUUAUGAAAUGUAAAAGUUUAUACUGUGUGACAUCCGGUUUUUUGCGCCUUUAAUAAUAAUAAUAGCAAUGAACUAAAGUAAAAAAAAACAACAUAUAGACUUUUUAUUUUGGGUUGUGUUAGGAAGGAUUUGCAACCAAGAAUCUUGGAUAUUAUGAAGCCCCACAGUGGUAUGUCUGUAGACUU